AUAUACAAAAGCACAUUGUUUAUUCACCUCACUCAUUUUUAUUCACCAUCAUGAGUAAGCACAGCCCUACAGAAAGCAAAUUACCAGCGGCACAGCCCUACCGAGCUGUCAAAAUUAAGACGUUCUGAGCAAUAACAAACGCCACAGUUUUGUUUACUUGUGCAACUCGAACGGUAGUGAUAACAAAGUUCUGUCCUUUAGCACGUGAACAAUCCGCGUAAUCCAAACGAAGAUCGUUGCCGAGGACGUGACAACUCUAAAACAUGGCUCAACCAGUGUUAGCCACAUGUGGCCUCAACGAAGCGACCAUUCCUCCACUCACCCUCAUCAAGCAGGACUCCGGAGUGGACGGUAGCUUCCUAAUUGCCGCCAUCCUUGGCCACCGCCUCAAAACGUCCAAAGAUCAUCGAGUCCUGCUGAUUGCUACCCAGCACAACUACACCCACUACAGUUCGGCCUGCCUCAAGUUAACCUACAACCUGGGACCAUCCCGAGACUCCGGACAACUUCAAACACUGGACAUCGGCGCCGAACUAUUCCAGAACUUCCCCGAAGCAGGUCCCAAUCUGUGCGACCUUCAGAAGCGCAUCGAAGAGUUCCUCCAAAGUUCACCACAAGCAACAAUUCUGAUCGAUGACUUGACCUUCUUCCUCAACCUCGGUCACACCGAGUCGCAACUGAUGGAUUUUGUGGAAGCAAUCGUCACCGGGCUAAAUCGUCUCAAUCAAGCGGUCGUAAUCAAGCUGAACACGGCCGACCUGUACGACGUGCUGGGUGCAAACUUGGACGAUCUGGCCGCGACGGAACUGCGGCUGGAGCGGUUAACGUCGGGCAACUUUCGCGAAGUAGAUGGGCGGUUGACCGUCAGCCGGGUGCAUGAGCAUGAGGACGCGUUAGUGCAGACGAAGCAGCGGGACCGGCAGGUGCUGUUCAAGGUAAACGAACGUAACGUGAAGGUGUUCGUGCCGGGCGAGCUUGGGAUUAAGAAUCUGUGAGGUAUGUUGGAGAAUUAUAAGAUUUUCUGUUGGAAA